UCAGGCUGGGUUUCUGGGUGAAGAAGCCCAAGAGCUGUUCAGGGUGUAUCUCUAUUUCCAAAUGUCUUUCAGUUCUUCUUAGGGGCUUUCCACUCUCAGCCUCUCCUUCUCUCACUGCUUGGAGAGGAUGUAGCAGAGCUUCCUGAACGGAAGGACUCGUGACUGGCAAGUGUCACCCUCUGGCUCUAGGGAAUUAAAAGAUCAAUUUUUAAAUGUGAUGGAAUUAUAAAUAUAUAAAGAACACAGUCCACACAGUCCCUGAAUGGCGUCAGAGAUCACCUACGCCGAGGUGAAGUUUAAGAAUGCACCACCGCCUGCAGAGGCCAAAGCACACCCAGAGAAGAGAAUAUCCCAGAGUGCACCCCAGAAGCACACCCAGUGGCUCCCAUGGCUGAUUGCUGCACUAUUGCUGCUGUUGGCUGUCUCACUCCUCGUCGCCCUCAUUGUUACCCAAGUUGGCCUCAGGACAAAUCAAAGUUGUGAAGAGUACGCGAUGGUGAGGCAGUAUCUCAGGAAGAGGAACUGUGUUGAAGAAGAACCUGAAGGGAAAGAGGAAAUCUGGACGUGCUGCCCCGGGGGCUGGGAGCCCUUUCAGGCCAGCUGCUACUACUUCUCUAAAGACUUUAUGACCUGGGAUGACAGUGAGAGGAACUGCACAGGGAUGGGCUCCCACCUGGUGGUGAUCAACACAGGAGCUGAGCAGGAUUUCAUCUUCACUCGGGUAAAUGGAACAGUUACAGGCAGCGAAGAAAGGAAUUACUGUAUUGGUCUGACUGAUAAGAAGAAGAAAGGCCAGUGGCGGUGGGUGGAUGAGACUCCAUAUAACGAAACUGCAGCGUUCUGGAGACCUGAGGAACCCAGUCCUCACAACAAUGAGAACUGUGCUGUCAUGCAUGUGCCAAGAGAACAAAAUUCACAUGGUAACAGGAAUUGGAAUAACGUCCCUUGUUCCAGUGCAUAUCAUCGAAUUUGUGAGAUUGCAACACUUAGAUUUUGAGGAAGAACCCCCAUCCUGGAUGUGAGGCUGGAGAGUUAGCGUAUCUCUCGCUGGGGUCAUCUCACAGACAGACCUGGUGGGAGGGUUUGGAUCAGCCCUGGGCUAUCAUUACAUUGGGUGUAGGCAGUGGAGGGUGAUAUUGAGGCCCAAACUCACUCACUAGAUCAAUUUUGGAAAACUCUGAAAACAGCUGAAAAUAUCUAAUGUGGAACAAGCCAAAGUGCAGUGAGCUCUACCUGUGAUGUCAUUGAAGCUCCCAGGAGACUGGUGUAGGAAGCAGGCUGGGGCAGUAAGUUUGCCCUGGGAAAUCUUGAAGGGAGGUUUCCCAUUCAUAUUUACCCUCCCAGUGUUGGUCAAGAUAACAACUUACAUUGUCUGCAUAUUGCAGCAGGGCUGUUAAAAGCAGGAAUAAAGCCCUGUCCAUACUGCAGAAAUAACUAGGUCAGACCUGUUUCCCCUUGACUCUGCUACAACACAGUUCCACCUUGUAACAGAAAUGGGGCUUUGUCCAUGUCCCUGAGCAAUGCUAAAACCCUUGAAUGGUCCAGUGCUCUAACAUGGGCAGUUGGUGAAUCCCCGCUUUGGGGAGGCUAGCCCGCCGGCCCCGCCCCUUCCACACAAGGCCCCACCCCCACACACAUUGGAGCCCCCAAACCUCUCUCCCCCCAUAAAAGGAAAAGCCCAGAGGCACCCCCCCAAACUGGAGGAGCCCCGGCCCGCCUACCCCAGCCACAUCGAUACAAGCCACCGCCAGCCCCCGACCCACCACCCACCAUCCUCAGCACCAGACCAAGCACCCCCCACCCCGAGUGCCAGGCCAGCCCCAGUGCUGGGCCGAGCCACAGGCCGCCCUGCCCCUGACAACCCCCCUGCCACAGUCGGACUGGGCUGAGCUGCCGGCAGCCACCCCGAGCACCAGCUCCUCCCCACCCCAAAGGCCCUGCCCCUGCCGAGCAACUGGCCCCAGCAGCACCCGGCCAAGCCUCCUCAGUCCACCGGCCACUGGCUCUCCGCAUCGCUCCUCACUCCCCUGUCCUGAGGAGGAGGGACACAGCGAGCAGCAGGGACCUUCGGGGGUGGAAUGGAGGAGGCAGUGGAAGUCUUGGGGAAUGUCAGGGGCCACCACAGCCCAGUUGUCCGGUGGCGAGUCAGCACAGUAAAGCCUUCCCUGGCUUAUUAUACCCACCACCCAUGCGCUUUAACAUCACUCAGGGACAGAGGCUUGUCUACACAUGGAACUGAACUGACUGAACUACAGUACAUGGGUUUACAAACCACUUUAGUUACAUUGGUGCAACUCCCUUGUGUGGAGGCUUUUAUUGUGGUUUAGGAUUGAUGCUUUAUACCCAGUCGGUGAGAAAUCACCUAACCUAAAUUAAUAGAGGGCUCUUUUAUACAGAAAUAAGAGUGUCAGCAUGGAUGGGGUGGCACCAAUUUAACUUCAUCAGCAUCUAAACUCAUUUCGUUAAAUUGGUGCCGUUUUCUCAUGGAGACAAGCCCACAGUUGAAAUCAACAACAUCAAGCCCUGCUGACACCAUGCUGGGAGACCUAUCUCUUUUAUCUGGGCCCUCUAAUCUGGCUUUACCUGCAGUGUAAACAAGGCCUAAGCAGUACAGUGAAUAGCUAUUCCUAAUAAUUACUGUCUGUGAUAAAUAUUCACAAGUGCUGUGUGAGCAGAAGAGCCAGAAAACCACAGUAAAAACCCCAAACUGUAGAAUUAUGGCCACUGAUUCUUGUUGACAGUUUAAAUAUAUUCUUACUGGAACAAAACAAAUGAACCAUUGUGUUAGAGCCAUAAACACCCUGUCGUGCUGAGGUGCAGAAAGAGGGCAGAAUGUCAGCUGACACCCUGAUCCUAAGACUGUACCUCCUAGGCCUUGAAAAGAUCUUCUAGUUCUCAUCUCACCUGUGAGUCAGGGCAGGGUUGGUUCCUGCAGCACAUUCUCCACUUCCUUAUCUCAUUCUGCUUUGAAUUACUUGAGCAAUGUGGUUUCCACCACUUCCUUUGAAGAGGUCUCAGUCCUGUUAAUGGAUUUAGAAUCAUAGAAUGUCAGGGUUGGAAGGGACCUCAGGAGGUCAUCUAGUCCAACCCCCUGCUCAAAGCAGGACCAAUCCCCAGACAGAUUUUUGCCCUAGAUCCCUAAA